AUGGUGGCGGGCAAAAUGUUUCCCAGCCCUGAGUCUCAAGAGCGCGGAUCACGCGUGCGAAGGAGUUCAGCCAAACAACAGGCUUUGGACGCUGCUGCCCAAGGGAAAGAAGUGAGGAAGACAACAAAGUAUGCCACCCUCGCGCUGCGUGGGCGGCAAGCCCUUGAGGAGCUUAACGAUUUCAAUCGCAUGGAUCCCGAGUCUGAGGAGAGUGAUGCCAGUGGUGAUGAGCUCAAUAACGGACACUCAGAAACAACUUCGUUCUCAUUCCGUGCAGUGCCUCUUAACGGCAAAAGCAUGCCCGCAACAGCACAAACUCCCAUCCAGUAUGGUCAACAAGAAACUCAGCGGGUCGCUCCUAAGCUCACGGCUCGAAGCCAUCACAUCACACCCCCGAUGCCAUCUUCUCCUCAAAUUGACCCCAUACUACUCAAUGACGAGGGCAUAGGCUUCGAUGUUCAGCAGACGUGCCCGCUUCUGCAAGAGCAUGGCCAACACCCAGCAGGUGUCAAACGGACCGCAUCAGCUCUGGCGACACCAGACAGCCUCCAGGUGGUACAAAAGGUAAAGAUUGGUGAUGGUGGGAGUCGCGGGCGGAUUCGAUCCAGCGACUUCGAUGGGCUGUACUCUGCUAUCGUCCAACUGGCUGUCACCCACUAUCAGUGUAUCUUGACUAAUUCUUCGAUCUACCCAAGUGAGACCGAAUGUCGUGACUGGUCCGCCAUGGCAUGGAAUGCAGCGUGCCGUGCCAACGGAGUGAAAAUAGAGUAUGACGAGGAUGCCUACAAGUUGAUAACUUCCCGUGGUUCUAAUUUACGGAGCGACUUGAAGAAUCUCAUGCGACCACUCGUUGAAGCCGAGUAUGGCUUUGUCAACGAGAAGACACCCGACGCCAUCAAGACAAAUGCAGCGCUAGCGCUAGCGGCACUCACAAACCGCAAGACAUUGACAUACAAGGUAUGA